CACUUUCCCUUUUGUUUCCAGUAAGACUGCAGCAUAUUAUCAAAUAACUCAGAAAAAGACAAGAGAGAGUUUUUGAGAGCCAGCAGACAAAGGCCACCCUGCCAAACAACCGGUGGCCACUGACCCUCCAGUCUUUCAAAGCAGUCUUUGGUUAAAAACGCAAACCAUCAAGAAGAACAACCAUGGGUGCUUCCAUCUCAAAAGCAGUCAUAAAGAAAGAACUUCAGAAGCUGAAGGAUGAUCUGGAAAAUAAAAAUCUCCAAGAUGUGAUCGAACAAAGUAACAAUGACUUGAAUUUAUUAAAGAACACCACACUUGACAUCGCCAUCACAGGGGUAGCAGGUGCUGGAAAAUCAUCACUUGUCAAUGCCCUGCGAGGAAUGCCAGACUAUGGAGAAGGUGCAGCCGAGACUGGAGAUAAGCAAACAACAAUGGAGCGGAAGAAAUUUCCACAUCCCACAUCCCCCAAUGUAACAUUAUGGGAUCUUCCAGGAAUUGGGACUCCAGACUUUGAACCAAAGAAAUAUCUGAAGAAGGUAAAUUUUAAGGACUAUGAUUUCUUCAUCAUUGUUGCCUCAAAUCGCUUCACUACGAAUGAUGCUCUCCUGGCUCGUGAAAUUCAGAAGAUGAAGAAGAAGUUCUACUAUGUGCGUACCAAAGUGGAUGUCAGUAUAGAUUCUGAAAGAAGGAAACCAGACUUCGUUGAGGAGAAAUGCCUGGAGCAGAUUAGGACAUACUGCAGUGAUAACCUGACACAAAGGAGAGAAUCUGUUCCAAUGGUUUUUCUCAUCUCCAGAUGGGAUUUGCAGAUGCAUGAUUUCCCUCGCCUUCAAGAGACCUUGGAGAAUGACUUGGAUGGUCUCAAGAGAGAUGUUUUAAUUGCAGCUCUGCCAGCUUUCUCCAAAGAAGUCUUGAAGAAGAAAAAGGCUACUAUGGAUGCCCUGAUAUGGAAAAUCGCCCUUGUGUCUUGUGGCAUUGGGACAAUUCCCAUCCCUGGCCUCUCUCUUGUCUGUGAUAUCAGCAUCUUGGUUGGAACAAUGAGUUAUUUUUGCAAAGUUUUUGGCUUGGAUGCAGAUUCCCUCCAUAGACUCGCAAACCGGGUAGGCAAACCUAUUGAUGUCUUGCGAUCAGCUAUCAAAAAGUCUCCCAUGGCCAGCCAAAUCACCACUGAAUAUGUGACUGAUCUGUUGACCAAGUCAUUAUUGUGUGGAACAGUGAUGGCGGUUGAAUUUGUUCUUGAUUUUGUGCCUGUAUUGGGCUCUCUUACUGGUGGGGCACUUUCUUUUGUAACAACAUUCUACAUACUGAAGAGCUUUCUGCAUGAUGUUGAGGAAGAUGCUGAGAAUGUCCGGGCCAAAGCUGCAGAGUCCUGAGACAAGUAAAGGGCCAAGACACCGUAUGUAGAGAACUGACUGAGGCAAACAGUGAAAGGCUUUCAUGAAGAGGACAAGGAACCCAAACUUCAGAAUUGAUUCUUGAUAUACUCAGGUUGGAUGUCCUAGUUGGGGCAGAUCAUUUGGAAUCAAUGUUCCCUCUAAGCUGCAUAGUCUUGUGAGCAAAAAUUCUACUUUGUGAGCUGCUAGCAUUAAAGUUGUGAGCUACUGGCAUUAGAGUUGUGAGCUACUGUAUAAAUUAUUGCAUUCUGGGGCCAUCCUUCCUGAGCUAAGACAAAAAUGUGUGAGCUGAUGGCUAAAAAUCUGUGAGCUAGCUCACGUUAACUCAGUUUAGAGGGAACAUUGUUUGGAACCCCAUUUUCUCUCUUGAGAAACAUCUGAGAAAAACUAAAAGAGAAUGCUCAUAACAUUCAAUAAAAGCUGUUGAACGUUAAGAAUCCCAACUACGGAGUUUCCUGAAAAGAAAAGCAGAAGUACCUGGUCAAGCACUAUAUAUUGGAAAGGAAACAGGAUUUCAGUUUACGAUUGGAAGCCCCACCUUGGAAUAAACUAUAUGGUCAAGUACCAUAGUGGGAAAUAAAGACAUUUUUCAGGUUUCUUCAUGGAAGCUCUUUCAAGUGUUCUGACUCAAUGUACCAACCACCCAAAGGGUCCCUGGAGAAUUGAGAACAUCCAGUGCUGGUUUCUCAUAGCUUGUAUUGCAAACCAAGGACCAGGAAGAACAACACAAGAACAACACAAGUGGGCUUUUUUUGUAGGAAAAAGCCCAGCAGGAACUCAUUUGCACAUUAGACCACACCUCCCAACUUCACCAUUGUUUCUCUUAGAGCGUUCCUACUCAAAAAAAGCCCUGCAAGUGGCCCAACUCAAGACAAAGAACGUUGCUCCAAAGUUGCCCAUAACUGUUGAUCCUCUUCAGCAAAGCAUUGCCCAAGGGAAAUUCUGGGUGUGCUUUUUGAAAUAAUAUAUGCAGUGAUGGACAGGGAACCUCAAUUCUUGAGCACCAGUUCCCCAUUUUUAGAUAUCAGUCCUCUCUUCAUCCUCUCCAAUUUCUUCUAAUCCUGAGAACACUUUCCGGGAAUAAAGCCCACUGAAUAGACCUGAUCAGGACUCUGAGUAGGACUGCGUAGAACUGCCCUGUUUGCCCAGUUAAUUCCUCUCUACAAAAGGGGGAGUGGACAACCAACUGGAUUAACACCACCUGACUCGUGCCAGCAGAUACACAAAUAUUUAGGGCUUUACAUUUGCUUUUGACUGGAGGGCUGGGGGGCAUUGGGAGAAAGCCUUUCUACAGAAAUAUGGCUAUUUGCUGUUUAUGUUACUAGCCUUUCCUUAUUUGAACUGUUUUGCUUAACCUGCAUCCCAAGUUUCCUCUUUCUGUCAUGUUUUGAAAUGUCUUUGCUGUUCACUUGUAGUUAUCAGACUUAACCUUUUAACCUCCAUGAAUACUGUUUCUACAGAACUUCUCCUUAUCUUACAUAUUGUAUUCUGUAGUAUGUAGUAAUUUCAUUUGUGAAAAAUUUGAUAGUUUAUCCUUAUUUUGACUUGCUCACUUGAUCAUUCAAUUAAUCUCUUUUGGUUUGCAUAUUUCAUCUACACUGUGCUUUAAUAAACCAGUAUGAUUCAUUUCACUUAAA